AUGGGUAGCUACGACCAUGUGGCACACCAGGAGGGAGACUUGAUCUUUUUUGUGCCGCCAUUAUUCUUACAUAGUCGGUACUAUAGAGGGGAGGUCGUUCGAUUGCUGAUCGGAGAUCUUUGGCAAUGCAUUGAGAAGUCGAGGAAUGUAUGUGUCGAGUACUAUCAAUAUAACGCCUCGUGUCUGUUUUGGAAGAAUCAUCCGAUCCGGAGACUCUGUGUUUUGGGUACUGUGAUGGGGUUUAAGUGGAAAUGGAUCGAUGGGGAAGACUACGUGUUCCUGUUCGUAGAUGAUUUCACGUCGAGGCCGGACGAUCAGAGCAAGUUUUUGGCUUGUAGGUGCCGCAAGGACCUGUUAUUGAGUUAUUGCCUCUCCAUAGAGCAGCUAACGGGCAAGAGACUGCGUCUGUCUGGCAAAAUUGAUGUUCACAGUGGAGAAUUGUCGGUAGAUGAUAUUGAGAUGUGUUAUGACUUGAUGGCUGAGAUCGAACAUUGGGAGCUCUGCUUGAUGCAGCGUAGAGAUUUAAACCGUCCCUGGGAAUUAAGCAGGCAGAUAUGUGAGAACACUCUUACACAGGAUAGCUGGGGACAGGUUGGUGGGAAUGAGGAUAUUACUGCUUUUGCGACACCUCUCAAACCGAGAAAUAAACAAGAUUUCGUCGAAGCGCUCUUGAUAGAGGACUAUAAGCAGGAGCUCGAGAUAGUGAGCCCGUACCGCGAUGCCUCACAACGAGAGGAUGAAACAUCGGACGUUUGCCUGAACCCGAAGCGUUUGAAUUUUGUCAUCGAAAGUUCCGUACCGCAAACUAGUGAACCUUCGCUGCUGAAGCCAGAAAGCUCUCAGGGCAACCCCGAAAGAAAUCGCACCGAUAAGAGUAUUUUUACAUGCAGCGAAUCAGAGGCGAGAGUGCAGGUAUUGAAGUAUCUUUUGAGUCGUCCAGACCGGGCUAUACCAGUAGUGGAGCUAUAUCAGGCCUCCCAGAUCAAUGACAUUGUUAGUGACAUUAGUACCAUCAUAUUCAACAGGCAAAACUUAGUCCUUGUCAAACCGUUCGAACUACUGAAAUCAGAGACGUUUUUCGAGAUCAUCCGCAAGCUGGUCGCAUCUGGCCUCGUAAAAUACAGCAGUCAGAAUGUGAUAGACUCUACGCCGCUGAAGAGCUUGUAUAAGUAUUUCACGGAUCGCUUGCAGGGCCUGCUAAAGCUGCAGUUAUAUUCUGGGGUUGUUGAAAUUCGUCAAAUUCGUGAAAAGCCGUCGCUUCUUGGUGUGUCACACAAGGCUAUCCUAGAAGUUCUAAAAGAAGCCUUGAGAGUUUUAGUCAACAAGAAUCCAGAUGCCAUUGCCGGGUGGUGGAUUGAGACGAAAGAAAAAGAGUCAAUACAUAUUCAUUUGGAAUAUUCCCAGUGA